AUGGGUUCGUCUUGGUAUUUUGACGAGACAGAAAUUAGCUCAGAUGACCCAGGGCAUUCGUCACCAGACAGCCUUUCUUUCAAUGGAAGGCUCUUUAAUUUUCCAGUUGGUUCUAUGUCCAACCUUGCAGGUGAGGGAUUUGAGUAGAAAUUACAAAUCAGGUGCUUUGAAAUUGCUACCAAUUUAUUCUUGAUCUCAGGAGUUGUUAUCACCAAAGUUUUACACCAAUUUCGAAUCCGAUAAAACCAAAAGAAGAGUGAUUUUAAAAUGCUGGGGUAUGGUCUCAGCAAGUUGGUGUUUUUGCUGAACCAGACGAAGACGGCUGUCACUAAUUGCCCAGACAAUGGUUAUGUUGAUGUGUUAUUUAUUGGAGUGAGUUUCCUUUAAAAUCGUUUAGUCUCUUUUUUGAUGCUUGACUUGGAAGACAUGAAUGAAACUGAAAGAUGCCGCUUUUUAUAUCGCCGCUGUGUCUCCAGUUAUGCUAGAACAUUUCUUAUUCGAUGAAUUCGAGAAAAAGAUAACUUAAAAUUAAAAUUUUUCUUAAAGAACAUAUUGAUUUUAUUGUGAGAUGACAGUCAGAUGCUGCUGCCUGUUUUGAUAUUUCAUUUUCCGACGCUGCAAUUUAGUCAAAGUUCGGGUAAAAUUUUCGCACACAUACUAUUGUAAAACAAAUCUGUUUUCCCAAUGGCGAUGUAUUGUUUUUGUCAUUGUUUUCUCUAUCCAAGAACUGAAUGCAUAAUGUAGUAUGGGGCUGUGCGGAAACUAAAGUUCGUUUUAUCGUCGACUGAUUUCAUUUUUACCUUGCAUUAUAAAAAUGCAGCAUUUAGGAACUACUUAGAAAACUUCAUUUAAGAAUAUUUCCUUUUUUUAUGUUCGCUUGUUUCUUUUUUUCUGUAGCAAAGGGUAUUGUUUAUGUUGAGUCAGACCCGGAGGAAGAUGAUGAUCUUGAUGUUCCAGAUAGCACUUGUGGAGACCAUGGAAUAUUGGUUGAGAGCGAUCCACAAAAUACAACAUUUCAGAUAGUUAACACCAGGAUACAUGAUGAAAACAAGCAUGUGGUAAGGAUUAUUUUGAUUUACUGUUGUUGUUUGUUUGUUUUAUUUUGUUUUGUGGAAAAGUAAAUGAGGAAAAGUAUUUUAUUAAAACAUAGCAGGCACUUUGUGAAAAAUGAUUGGCUUUGAACAGUAAAAAUAGUAUGUAACCGCUUUGAAGUCAUACCCUUUACUCUUUAACACUCUACAUCCCAAAGUCAGUUUGCAAGGUCUCCUUACUGUUCUCUAUAUAUCUCUUGUGGUACUUACAAGGAAAGUUUGCAUAAUAAUCAAGAGCUUCUUGACUUUGCAAUCAUUUCCUUUAUUCUUGUGACCUUAAUGUGUGAUUCAGGGCUGAAACUGUUGGAAGAAAUUCGAUACUUAUCAUGCUUAGGGGUUAAAGGGGUUAACUUUUAAGAUCCCAUUGUGUAUUCUCACAACUGGCAAUUGCUGAUUUUUGGUUCUUUAUUCCCUAGAAUGUGGUGUUACAUCAGGGCAAGCACUGAUCUGAUGUAGUGAUUUUCUUUAUAUUCUCAUAAUACCUACUAGCUGAACAGGGCCUCAAGUUUUGGGGAGAAUUUGAGUACUUGGAAGGAUACAGAGAACUGUUUUUUAUAGGGAAAUUUAUGAAAAUAUCCAAAUUACUGAAACAAAAAUUAAAAUUUACAAUUGUCCAAGCCUCUUAACAUAUAUUGAAUUCCCCCUGCAGAUUUAUUGUGUGAUGGUUUUGAGACAGGAUUUGGGCAUAGACAGAGACAAAGUCAUGGUUGAAAGACGAUACUCUGACUUUGCUACUCUUUACAAAACACUCAGGAAAGACCUCUCCUCUCUGUUCAAAGACAUUGGUGUCAAUUUUCCUGGAAAAGUGAUGGGACAGAAGAAUAAUCUCAACCCUGAAUUAAUUGAAUCCAGGCGCAUGGCUCUUCAAGAUUUCCUACAGAUUAUUUUCAAACACAAGGAAGUACGGCAACAACAAGCUUUCAAAGAAUUCUUUUACCUGCCAGGAUUGAGAGAGGCAACAGACAGUCUUAAGGCAGGUGAAUUUGAAAAUUGCCUUGAGUUGCUGUUAAACAGUGUUCAUCUUCAAGUUAAGCUGUGUGAUAAAGUGAGAGAGACUGUUGCUACUUUUGGGGCAAUUGUUGCUGUACUUGAGGCUCUAGGUAAACUGAAAGAUGCUGAACGCUAUGCAAAAGCAGCACUAGAAUUGAACCAUGAUGAUUAUCUAAGCCCUUACAUGAUCCCCUUGCUGGACACAGUGGCAAAAUUAGGAAGGAAGUUGGACAUGAACACAAAAACCAUAGAGAGACAAUUAAGUGAAGUUCAAAGAAUGAAUGGAGUGGAGGUUGAAGAUACUUUUACACUGCGAGAACUUGCUGUUAAAAGAUUCGAAAAAGUCAAGUGAUCAACAUAAUGUGCAAAGUGUUGCUUAGAUUGUGUAGUCUGAUUGUCUGGGUGAAAGAAGUUCUGAGAAGGACUGUUGUCAUUAGAAGUGACUGAUGUUUCAACUUCUGUAUCAGAAGUCAUUAUCAGAGUCAAGAAGGGAGAUGUUUUCAAUUGAAUGUUGUUGACAUCUGUUAAGGGGGUUUUGUUUUAAGUUAACACACCAGCCACUCAACAGAUGUUGACAACUACCUGCACAAUGCAAAUGAUUUAUUCAGGACUAUUGGGCUGGUUAUUCAUAUGAGGUCCAACCCAUACCAUGGUUUUUAUGUAAGCAGUGGGCCUAAGGGAUUCUCUAUUCCACUUGUAGCCUUCAGUCUUGACACUGUUCACAAAAAUACAUGUUCAGAUAAAAGGUUUGGUCAAAUAACUCAGUUUUGUUAAACAACGGUUCUUAACUUUGUUUAAGUAACCAGCUUUUAUUCAACAAAUGUCAGUCACUAAAUCUGACAAUAGUCCUUCUUAAGACUAUCAUUACCCAGAAGAUCAGACCACACAUUCAAAUGUUACUCCUGGGUUCAAAGCAUUAAUUAUAAAAUGUAGCGUAAUUUCUCUUUUCAGUAACAUGAAAAGUCUGCAGUUCUAAAGCACUUCACACAAAUUGUCUUGUGUGCUGCAGUCAACAUAGUAGCAUGGCAAGACCUCUGGCAAUUGAUAUGUACUGUUAAUGACUUAUUGAAAAAAAAAUAGUAAUAAGUAAUAAGUGAAUCAUUUGUAGUGUAAGUAAUUAUCACAGAUACAAAUUACAGGAUUUAUGUUCUUCUGAAAUUCUUUUUCAGAUCUAGAUCUUACAAAAAAAGGGAAGGCAACUUGAGUGUGAACAGUUUUUGUUAAAGGUGACCUGUAUUGUUGGCCAAGAAUACGGGAUCUUUCAUCUUUUUAGUGAUUGCAGAUCAUGGUGCAAUUUCUUUAAAAUGUCAGAGCUUACUUUACUUUCACAUGGCAUUUCAGUUUUGGCUGUAUAUUUCCCAGGAUUGGCAAUGGCUCAAUAAUAUUUAAAAUUAUUAAGAUGUAAUAUAAUGUUUAACAAUAUUUAUUGUCUGUGACAAAAAUGUGCACAUAGCAAUUAAUAUAUAAAAUAUUUCAUAUUGGACCUGUUGAUGAUAAUGAUCCACAGGCUUAGUGCAUUUCUAAGCUUUGAAAAAAAAAACCCUGACUUUUGCUCUCAGGCUUUCAUUUCACUCUGUCUUGAGUGACAACAUAAGUCUGCAAAGAUUACAUUUUCACUGACAACACAUAUCUUGCAUCAGUCAUACUGAUGAGGCAUUCUUUUCAUUCACCUCAGGGAAAUUAAUGAUUCACUGAUGACAGUGGAAUACAUGAUUAGUCACCUCACUAGAGAAUUAGUAGAUGGAUUAUUUAAUGUUGAAAAUGCAGGUGGCAGGG